GCCCCCGGUUGCCAUGGCCGCGACCAUAGACACGGCAGCCCAGAGCGGCCGCCGCCCUCCUCCCCUUUCCGGCACGGCGCUUCCGGCUCCUGCUGCCACCGGAGAAGGAAGAAAAUAAAGCCGGAGAGGGGCCGCCGGCGCCGCCCUGCCCGGCUGCUUCUUGCCCCCUCUCCCUGUCUCCGUCCCGCCCUGCCGUCCCCCGCAGCACGACGUCCCCGGGGCCGACGCGGCGCCGCCGCAGGUAUGUCAGAACACAGCAGCGAAUCCACAACACUUGAUGAGUCUCACCCUGCUGCAGAAGAGGUCCAGUCUGGCUCUGAGGAAAGUGCAAUGGCUCAGGAGUCUCCCAAAAAUUCAGCAGCAGAAAUUCCUGUGACUAGCAAUGGACAGCUGGAAGAUUCUCAUGAGCACAGCUUUAACAGGGACUUGAAAUAUUCGUUACCAGUUGGACUUGGACUUUCUGAAACCAAAAUAACAUCUCGUGGCUUUGACAGUGCCAAAGAGGGAGUUGUUGAGGCAGGACCAUUUCCAAGUAAAGGUUCCUCAGCAUCACCCAAAUCAUCUGUUAUAUCUCCUAGCAGUGCAGCAGCUAGCAGACUGGCUGGACAAGGUUGUGAUUUAAUUAUUCCCACAGGGAGCAGGGCUCAGCAGAAGAGUGGGCCUGUUGUGUUAGCAGAUGAAGUAAAGAAUCCAGCGAUGGAGAAACUGGAAUUGGUGAGAAAGUGGAGCCUAAACACUUACAAGUGUACACGUCAGAUCAUCUCUGAAAAACUGGGCCGUGGCUCAAGAACAGUAGAUCUGGAACUAGAAGCUCAAAUUGAUAUAUUGAGAGAUAACAAAAAAAAAUAUGAACAUAUCUUGAGACUGGCACAGACGCUGUCCACGCAGCUCUUCCAGAUGGUACAUACCCAAAGGCAACUUGGAGAUGCAUUUGCUGACCUGAGUUUGAAAUCAUUGGAACUUCAUGUAAGACUUUUAUAGUGUUAAAAAAAUACAGUGGCAGAGAUGAAGAUAAGCCUAAAUGACUUGUGCAGGGCAUAUAGUAGUUAGCAGCAACUUUUAUAAACAUUGUAGUUAAUAACAUAUUACGUGCUCUGUGUGUCAAAAGCCUAUGUAAUUCACUUAAAACUAUAGGAAAUUAUUGAAAUUACUGUAGUUCUUUGUUUCUUAAACAUUUGCCUCUAGUUGAUGGUUGGACUCAAGAACUGACAACCUUGCUUUGUAGAGAAGAUGCAUUUUACUAUUAAUUUUGAUUCUAAUGAAAUGUCAUCAAAGUGUUCCACAGUAUUACGUAAUUUCAAUUACAGGAUGUCUUUGGGGAAUGUGCCUGGGAGUAAGUAGAUUAGGGCACAUUACUUCACUUGUGCACAUUGAAUGUGAGUAAAUUAUUUUUCUGUAGCAUAUUUAAGCAUUUUGAUUUCAUCUCAAAGUCCUUUUUCAAUCAGAAUUUUCCUACUAAUAGGACUAAUCUGUAUUCUUAUGUUGUCUGGAGUUGCUGAGCAAGAGAGGCAAUCUUUAGAUAUCUGGGCUGUUAUGAUUCCGUGGUUUAGAAGUUAAUGUAACACUGGCACUUUCUGUUGCCAAUAAUAAAACUGUCUGCUGUAAAGAGAGAAAAGGUAGAUGUUGCUUACAAAGUAGAGUAGCUGGCCUGCUUUUAUAUUGCUUGUUCUGUACUUGGAAAGUUAAAGCAGUAUUAUUUGGAAAACCAGUAUUAAGUGGCUUAUGAUUCUCUAAAACAUAGCUGCUGGAACAGCUCAAAAUAUCUUUGUGAUUUUAAAAACAUCUUUCUUUUCUUAAUUGUCUUUUACCAUUGAGUUUUAAGGGAGGAGGUGGAGUUCUUGCUUGCACAGAGGAACCUUAAGUGAUAGCUAGCUGAAAAACAUUGAGACUCCUACACUGGCAUACAGGAAUUUUUAAUAUUAAUCUGACAGAUGAAAAUCUGUGAAUGUAGAGCAUUUCUAGCAGCUAAGAAAUUAAAUUAUCUGCUAAAAGAAGCUUUUAAUAAUCAGUUUACUCUUGACACAAAUACGGGCGUGUGGUUUGGGGCAAAACUUACUGAUUGUUAUAAAAUAUGUGCUGAAGCUGGAUGUUUCUUCCAGAACUUGGAUGAAAUCUGGCG